GGAAAGAAAACGCUGUCGGUCUCCCUCAGAGUGCGGAGCCGCUGAGAGGAAGGCGGCGCACGAGAUAAACUCGCCGUAGCUGACAGGAACGGCGCGGAAACACGCAGCCACGGCCUGAACUUCGUGAGUGAUGCGGUGUGCCCCCGUCAGCCCUCCGUCGUGGUUUGGCAGCGAGCCGGAGCCCGCAGGACCGCAGAGGAGGAGGAGGCAACUUUCAAACGACAACUUCUCAGUGAGCUCGCGGAGGAGGAUGGUGCACGCGGAGUACUCGCGCUGAGCUGAGCUGAGCUCCCCGUGGACCGUUAAAGAGGACAGAAACGUCUCUUUUUUGCUUUCUCUGUGAGGAUAUUCUGUACGGAGAGGACGCUGCAGCCACACCGGCUAAACCAACUUAGCCCAGCGCGGCGCUGAGUUUUGUGGACCCGCUCACUUCACUUCACUCACUCAGACAUGUGGAGUACGGACGGUGUGGUUCGCGAGUGGGUUUUAGUUUUAGGUCCCCGCACGCAUGGCUGAAUGGGAGUCCGCUGAGUGGUCAGCUUUAGCCGUGUCUUCUCAAGGCUGAGGAAAGUUUUCGCGAGUGGGCAGCUGAAGAAUGGAUUUGAAAGACAAACAGCUGUAUUCUGGGCUCACAGCGACCGACCCACGAGUCAGUAAGAGAUGCGUUUAAGGGACGUUUUCUUUCAUGGAAUGGAUUAUAGCGGACACUUACGUGAAGUUGGGAACGCCAGUGAGGUUUGAAUGAAUGUAAACUGCUCCAAAACACUGUAGCACAGCGCCCUUUACUAGCCUCCCUUCACUUGCUGUACAGACUGAGGGCGAAGAAUGUGAUGGUUCCAGUUCUAACUGUACACGUUAGCACAUAUCCUUCAUAACCACACGGACAGAACUGUUUAUCUCUUUUUAAAGAGCCACUUCAGGAACACGCGCUCACUCAAACGCACAGAAAAGAGAGAUUGUGGAGUGACACCGAGGCCAGCUCUCACGUUUGAACACAAUGGACAAAAACUGCAUUGCCUACCAAAUGGAGUUGACACUUCUGAUGGUUGCCCUCCUGUUUUGGGUCACAGUUUGGGCGGACGACAGCAAGAUCAUUUCAGAUAGAUACGCUGUGUACUGGAACAGCACGAAUCCCAGGUUCGUACAUGGAGAGUACACAGUGGAGGUAGCCAUCAAUGACUACCUCGACAUCUACUGCCCGCACUACGAGGUGCCACUGCCACCGGAGCGCAUGGAGCGCUAUGUCCUUUACAUGGUUAGCUACGACAGUUACAUCACCUGCAACCACCUUAUCAAGGGCUUCAAGCGCUGGGAGUGCAAUCGGCCCCUGAGCCCCAACGGGCCGCUUAAGUUCUCUGAGAAGUUCCAACUCUUCACGCCCUUCUCCUUGGGCUUUGAGUUCCGCCCAGGACACGAGUACUACUACAUCUCCUCUCCACACCCAAACCUUGCUGGGAAGCCUUGCUUGAAGUUAAGAGUUUAUGUCAAACCCACAAACGACUCGGUAUAUGAGUCUCCAGAGCCGUUUCUGACGGACGACACCAACAGCAGCCGUGCACUGGCCCCCUGUCUCUCUCUCUUGUUGGUCAUGCUCCUGCUGUUGCUCGGCCCCUCCUAGCACAGCGGCCCACCACAGCCCCAAACCCGGCACAACCUGAAGCUCAGCGCUGCUGGAUCCCCCCCAUACAGCUCCAGUUAGCCACCAACAGCUAAUACCAUCUCCAUUUACAGCUUCUGACCACCACCCCUAGCAUCGCCACUCCCGCAGGCCGCUCUUCAUCCGAUCAUAUGGGACAGCCAACAAGAAAAGACCGUGACCCCAGCAGAAAACGCCGCUUUCCCAUCACACGCCAAGAUAGCUAACCGUCCUCCUCCAGCUGCCUCCAGAGUGAUUUUGCUUGUUUGACUCGUCUCUGUGCUUUUCUAUCAACGUGCCCCAAAUUCACACCGACUGUCUAAACCACUGUUGUUCCUGUUGAUCAUGUAGUUUGGUACAUGUACACAUUUACUUUUUUUUGUGCAGCAGUGAGAGGGAGUGCGUGUUCUCUGAGAAAUCCCCAACACCAUUUCUGGAAAAAGAAAAAAAAAUUCCAUUAGUCUUUCAGAGUAGGAAAGGGUCUUUUCUGUGAAUCUGCCAAAGACACUAGUUUAACUUUUAUACAGGGAAGGGGAGCGGGAAGCAUUUGGCUUUGGUUCGAGAUCACAGGCAGCCAACGGGGCUUCGCAGGCUCGGGAGGGGAAACGCAUCACGAACGAAAGUGUAGAAUUUUUUAUUACAAUCUUUUUUGUCAUACAAUAAAAAGAAUGUUGAGUAGAUGAAAAAAUAUCUAUAUAAUAAUAAUAGUUACAAAUGGCCUUUUUUCACUGGUGCUCAAUCAGAAAACAAAUCUGUCUGUCACAAAGCUACAGUGCCAAGUGGAAGGGGGGCAUGCUGUGUUUGGUGAAGUGUUUGUGUAUUUCAGGUCUUUCUCUCUCGUCUCAAGACCUUUCUCUCUUUCUCUUUCUUUCUAUCUAUCUCUCUUUCCUUCUGUCUCUAUCGCUCUCACUCUAUCUCUGACUCUCUCCAUUUUCUGAAUGUGAUGUUUUUUCUAUGUGACGAACAGCUCCACAUAGAUCUCCUGCAACUGCACUAAAGUCCCCUCCCCCCGUCCCCAGCCCACCCACCUUUUUGCUGAAGUGAGCAAUCCUGGAGAGCGAAGGCCCUGAACUCAGAACCAAGCUGGUCACUGCGAGACUGGAACGACCAAGGCCUUCCACUGCGGACAGACCGCGAGAGAACGAACGGAUGCCUCAAAACUUUAAUCGUGGGGGGUCAUGAAUUCAAGUAGCACUUCUGCUUCAGUGGACGCUUAUAUUAUGGAAAUCAAGAAGAGAAGAAGAUAAAAAAAACGGUGGGAUUAUACGUGUGGUUGAAUUAUUUUGUGACUGUACAAAAAAAUGUUAUUAAAAAAAAAAAAAGAUUUCGGGGAGAGCCGACAUCGAACAUCGGAAAGAUCGAAAAAAUGAAUGAAAUUUUUUUUAACUGUUAGUUGGAACUUUUCUAUUUUGCUUUAUUCCAUGUUAUUUUUUACUUUACUUUUCAAAAAAGCAGCCAACAUUAUUCAUAUGUGAUAUGAAAUUAUAAAUGUAGACCCUCGAAUUACUAGAGCAAUGAUGGUACCAGUUCUGCAGUCGAACAAGUCUAGAGAAGUCAAGAUGUUUGCUAUUGUUGUUGUUGUUUCCUGCUUGUAUCACAUUCUGGUACUUGUAGUCCUGUAAUGAUUUUUUUUUUUCCUCUCUCUCUCUCAUUUCGAGUACAAAGCCUUGUACGGUGUUCUUAUCAGAUCAUUUUUAUUUGGUAAUCAUGUGGAGAAAACAAUUUGCGUUCCUGUUAAAUGUUCCAAUGUUUCGGAAGAGGAAAGCUACAGGAAAAAAAUGGAAAAAAAUGAAAAUAAAGCUUUU